AUGUUACAAAUUACGUUAGUACUAUUUGCGCUUUGCGCUAUGAUCGAUGGUGAUACUAUUAGAAAUUGCUCAGAAUAUAAGGAUUGCGCUUCAUGUGUUAAAGCAUAUCGUCCUUUGCCCGAAUUUCAGCGAUUUUGCGGGUGGUAUACUAAUAAGUCAGCAUGUGGUGAACCAAUUUCUAUUGUAUCAGGUGACAGUGUUGUCGUACGUAAACCAUUUAUGUGUCCUCAAAAAGCACCAAUCGAUGAGAAGUAUCGUUAUACUGAUGCACUUGGCCGAUCGUUAUAUAGCCUUACAUUAGCCGUUCGAAAUAAAGAUCCUACAGAAUGUCUUGCUAAUAGUCGACCUGAUGUACGAUUGAUAAAACGUUAUGAGGUGGAAUGUGAUCAAUCACAUAAUCUCUGUGCUGCAAUGCUUGCUAUUUCUAAGCGUGACAGGCAUAUUUAUGUCGUAUAUAAAUCAAGUAAUAUGGAUAAACAAUUAAUUACCGAAUUUUUACAUAUGGUGACAGCACAGUUGGGUGUAUGGCAAAAUUUUGAAGGAGGAGGUGGUGUGACGACCUAUUUUCAUGCCGCAUUUGAACGACUCUUUAAAGGAAGUGGUUUAAAAGAUGACCUCAUUAAGCUGAAGAAACAACAUUCUGACUAUGAAGUUUGGUGCACAGGUCAUUCAUUAGGUGGAUCAAUGUCAACAAUGACAGCAUUAUAUCUUGUGAAAAAGAAAAUAUUCCCAGCUAAAUUAGUCCGUCUUGUUACAUUUGGUGAACCAAGAACCGGUAAUGUAGCAUUUGCUCAAGCUGUUGAGGAAAAUGUCAAAGUUCGUUAUAGGGUAGUUCAUCGUGGUGAUCCGGUGACAAAUAUGCCAGCGACAAUUAAUCCAAUUGGAUUACUUUUAACGCCAACAAUCGCAGAACGACAAGGAUAUUUUUAUCGUUAUUUAGUUUAUUAUGAUAAUGAUAUGAAACAGGGCAGUUCAUUUAGCGUGUGCACAUUAUCAGGAGAUUAUGCUUGUCGUAAUUUGCUUUUGGCCAACAACCCGUUAGAUCACACAAAUUACUUUGAUGUGAAUGCGGAUGUAUAUUUGUCAAAGGGAUGCAAAGGUGAUUUGAUGACAGUAACUGGUAACACAAUAACAACAACAGAAGCAACAACAACAACGGCAGAAACAACAGCAACAAUAACAACGAUAACAGCAGCAGCAACAAAAACAGCAGCAACGACAGCGACAGCAACAGCAAUGACAACAAUAGCAACAACAGCAACUACUAUUGUUGCUGCAGUUGAUACUGAUCCGGAUGCAACUACUGAUGCUGAUACUGCUACCACUGAUGCUGAUACUAUAACUGCUGUUGCUGAUACCACUACAAUUGACACUGCUAGAGAUACUGAUACUGGUACUAAUGAUGCUGAUACUAUAACUACUGUUGCUGAUACUGCUGCAGCUAAAUCUACUACUGCUAGUGAUGCUGAUAGCACAACUGUUGCUGAUACUAGUAUAACUGACACUAUUACUACUGUUGAUGUCGAUACUGUAACUAAUGUUAAUAGUCCUGCUGCUGAUGCUGACACUACUGCUGCUACUACUAAUACUAUUACUGUCACCGAUACUCCAAAAUAA